AUGCCCCAGUCUGACAAGGGGUGGUCUUGCGCAAAGCUCACUGAUGAGCGGGCGACAUCGGUGCUGGAGCAGAUGAACGCCGACCUGAAGCCAGGAAACGCGAAGGCGGCAAAGCUGGCUGCGGCUCUCCGCCUCCUGGUUGGGGACGACCAAGAGUACCUGUCGAGCGUCUUCGUUCCCUUGUUCCGCCGCAAGGACGGGGCGCAGGUCAUGGCCGCCAGGCCGACCUUCGACGGACGCGGGCUGGUGCCGCCGGCGCCCACCAGGGCCCCUGUGGCGCCGACGUCGGUGGAGCUGUCUUCCGAUGAGCUGUCGCAUGGGGCGAAGAAGAGGAAGGAGGACGCGUCGACCCCGCCCGGGACAAGGCCAUCUACAGCAGACGCACCUCCUUCCGUGGAGAAAGGAAGCGAUGGCACUCGCACCUCCCCGGCCCGGUCGUCCUCGCGAGGCCUGGAGGAGCAUCCUCGGGGGGAGUCAGCCCCCGUGGCCCCGCUGGCUCUAGAAGCGUUGGUGUCCAGCCCGGCUGCUGGGGUCCCCAAAGUUCAGGAGCCCCCAGUCCCCCAGGCUGUGGUGACAAUACCUUCUCCCCCUCCUCCCGCUGCACCGCUGACUCCAGGUCCUUCUGCCUCCCCCGAUGUCUUGGAGCAUGCUCUUCUUGAGAUGACCCGGCUGCGAGAGGAUCUUCAGGGCGCCGACCCCCAUCUGGUGGCUGGGCGCCUGGAGCUGGUCUCUGGCUGGCUCCAUUCUGACGUGUCCGUUCGGGCGGCACUGAGCCAAGCUACGGCGACCUCUGAGAAGGAGAGGCAAGUCGCCGCCCAAGCAGCAGCUGCUCGUGAAGCCGCGCUGAAGGAUGCCGAGACCGCCCAGGACCGCUGCCGGGCGCUGGAGGCCGAACUGAAGAAUCUGCGCGAUCUGCACGCGGAAGAAACUCGUGGCCGCCAGGCGGAGGAGGAGAAGAUGAGGGCGCGGGACGAAGCCAUCAAGGAUCGCAACGCUGAGCUGGGAGAGCUGGCGAAGGCGCAGGCCAUGGAACGCAGUCGGCUGGAGGAGCUCGAGCGGAAGAUGGAGGUGGAGAAGGCCGACUGUCGUCGGAGCCACGCCCACGGCCGCACGAAGCAGAACAAGGGAGGUGAAUCGAGGUGA